AUGCUCAGAGAAAUUGUGGAAGUCGCGAACAAGUUGAACGCGGCGCAUGAUAAGAUCUCGCUGACUCAGCAAGCAGACCGCGGCGCGCCUUGGGCGCCUAAGCUCAGCACUUACUUGAAGCUUGACCCAAGCGUAAUUCCCGUCGCUCCCGCUCUUUGUACUCAUUGCAGCAUGAGUUGGUCAGGAUUCAAAAAGUCCGUGAACCGGGCAGGGACAACGCUGCUCCAAAAGACGGGGCAGAUAGAGCGUACAGUGGAUCGGGAGUUCGCUGAUGAAGAGGCCAAGUACAAAGUCUUCGAGAAGGAAUGCCAGGCGUUGCAGAAAGAUGGGAAGGCCUACUGGGACUCACUACGCGCAAUGUCUGCUGCGCAAACACGCAUCGCAGAAACUAUAGAGACAUUCUACGGCGCUGCGGAUAGGUCAUCGGACGGCGCGAUGGCGAGCCACGCGUAUAAACGUUCAGUCGAUGAUAUGGACGGAGGCUUCCAGAGGGAACUCGACGCUCCGUACCGCACGACGAUUGCUGAACCUCUCGGAAAGAUGUGCGCAUAUUUCCCCGUGAUCAACGAGCACAUAUCGAAACGCAAUAAGAAGCUUCUGGAUUACGAUUCUGCUCGGAGCAAGAUGCGUAAGCUCAUUGACAAGCCCAGCGAAGAUCCAACGAAAUUGCCCAGAGCUCAACAAGAACACGACGAGACGAAAGAAAUGUUCGAAACGCUGAAUGUACAACUAAUUGAGGAACUCCCUCAGCUGAUGGACCUGCGAGUACCGUAUUUCGAUCCUAGCUUCGAAGCGAUGAUCCGCAUGCAAGCCAAGUUCGCUGAAGAGGGCUAUGAGAAGUUGAGCGGUGUUCAACGGUAUUUUGAAGAUAGUGUAAGAGACGAUUAUGCCGCUGGGCAACUCGACGCCCAGGUCGAAGGCGUGCUACAGGAGAUGAGGGAGUUGUCGAUAUGUGGGGGCAAUUAG